UCCUCGUAUAUUUUAAUAUGCCUUAUUCUCUCGCGUAGUGUCAGUUUUUUUGUUACAUAGUAGAAGAUAUACAUGAUAUAAUUGUUACACCGUUUAAAAUUGCUUGAAAUAAUGUAUCAAUAUAAUUCCAAAUCUAAAAUAUGUUGAUUUUAAGAUAGAAAUGUCAUGUCUCGAAAAUUGUUUAGGAUAAUCAACAAUUAUUAAUGAUGGAAACGUGAAUGACGCGUAAUAAGCUAAACUAGUGUCAUUUAAACGUCAAAGUAUUAAAAAAUAUGUGUUAGUGUUGAAACAUGAGUAUUACCGAUGAUAUUAUAUUGACAUUAUUUGUCGAGUGAAAUUCAUGGUUUUAAUCAUGGAGGUUAUUAAUCUUAUUUAAUGUUAAUAAACUCACAUGUACGAUUAUUGAAAAUUGUGUAGAACUACUUGAUAAAUUUGUUCAGCAAAACGCGAUUGUGACAUCGUGGCAUCAUGGAAAAGUUUGUGAUUGAUUUGGAUAAAGUCCUCAAUGAUUUUGAAUUCAACGAAGAUUGUGCGGAGCAAAUCACAUCAGUUGCUACAACUACAACAGUUGAUACGUCAACUGCAGAGAAACAUACUACUGAGUCUGCAUCUCUAAAAACAUACAAUUUUAAUUCUGAGGAAAGUAUAGACAUCGAUGUAAUGCCAUCUUUCGAAAAACACAAAGAUACUCAGCCAAUAGAUGUCGAUUCUAAAUAUUUAUUAACUGAAAAGAACUUGGUAUCUAUGUCAGAUUCCAAUAAAGAUUCCAUAAAUAAUUUCUAUGCACAUGAUUGUGUCGGUGAUAACAAGAUCGAACAAAAGUCAUGUGUUCAUACUCAUGAUUCCGAUCAAAUGUCUUUAACCAUAUAUAAUGACAUAUCGUACAGUUUAAUGCAGAAGCAACAAAAUGAAAAUAGUGAUUUAAAAGAUGGCAAUAGAUAUGAUAAGAAACUAAACCAACCAAAUUUCAAGCCUAGUAUCAGUAAUGUGUUUAAUAGUUUGAAUGAAUAUAUUAAUGCUCCUACAGGAAGCUUGGAUUAUGUAGAGCCUAUAUUAGAUAAGAAAGAUGAUUUAACUAAAGUGACCGUAAUGGAACAAGAUUUUAUAUUGACAAAGAAUGCAACUAUUGAUCAUUCAACAACAAAAGAGAAAAAACUAGAUGUAACUGAUAAAAAUACCUUGGAUUACAAAACCAUCUUACCAGAGUUAGAUAUGUUUGUCAAGAUCGAUGCUGAGGACAAACAGGAUAAUGCAAUGCAAAGUGUCAUGCCGCAACAUUUUACUAUGAUAAAGUCUGAAAAAUGCAAUACCACUACAAUUCCAACAUCUAAUAUCACUGUUUCAAGACUCGAGCAUGAUGUCGUUGAUAGUACAGAACCAUCUGAUAAUAAAAUGGAUAUGAAUGAAAAGGCUGUAGAUAAUAAUGAUAGAUUUGAAAUACCCUCUGAAAAUAUUGCUAAUAAACAAAAGCAGUUGAAUUUGCCGAGUCAUAGUUCCAUUGAUAAAUAUACAUUUAUAAAAAAUAAAGAUAGCAUAGCGGAAAAUACUAUAAGUUUAAAUAUAAAUAUAACAAAUAGCAAAAAUCACAAUGAGAAUAUAAAAACAAAGAAAGCCUGCGACAUCUCAUCUAAUGUGCAUGUGAAACAUACAACUGAUGUCAAUGACGACUUUUCCGAAGAAGAGCUAAGUCGAUAUUUGUUGGAAUUGGAAGAAGAAGAAAUAUGUAAAACGAAAGGUAUAUCACAUUCAGAUGAUACUUUGUCGCUAAAGCCGCAUAAUGAAUUAGGAGAUAAUAAAACAAAGACCACGAAUCAACGACAUGAAGAUACUAACAACGCGUCAAAAUUUGAAAAAAUUAUGAUUAAUCAAGUUCCAAAAAUAUCACAAGAGAAAUUUCUGGAAAAAAUAAAAAACCCUCCUAUAAUUUAUCAUAGUGCGAAUACAUGUAAUGAAAAUGUAAUGGAUGUACAAUGUGACGGUACGUUAAAGGUAGCUUUAAAUGAAAAAGGUAAACAAUUACAAAAUACGCAAACUAAUGAAUUAGAUAAAACGAUAAGGGAGAAAGAUAUAACCAAAGUAGCCGAUCAAGAUGCAGUGGUACAAGAGAGUAUCUUACAGGCCCUAUCGGAUAUUACCAUUGAAGAGAAAGCCACAUUAAAUUUCGAGAAUGUUGAAGAACAAUAUAACCACAAUAUCGAUGUGACAAGGAAUCUACAAAAGAAUGUUAGCACAGGUAUACAAUCACAAGAUAACAAUGACAAUGCUGUCAAAAAUUUAUCGGAAAAUAAAGAAGAUUACGACGAGAGGUUGUACUGUCAAGAUAUUACCGAAAAUAAUAAAGAUAUUCUCAUACAACAUGAGAACAGAACGCAUGAUAGUGAUAAGAUCUCUAAAACGGAAAUUAUAUAUAAAAUUGCUGAUGCUGAUUGUACAAUCUCUCAUACAAAUGAAAACAGUCAAGAGGCUGAUGGAAAACUGUCUCGUCCUCACACAUUGGAUAUUGUUUCGCCGCAUAAUAAGAAUGAUUCGCUCGAAUCCUUGAGCGUUACACCUGGAGAACCAGAACAGUCAGGAACAGGAGGCAUUGUUGACGAAGAUCGAGGUGCCGCGUCAGAUGUUUCCGAUAAUUCUUUGAUCGAAUAUAAUACAGUAUUAGGAAAACAGCCUCCAUUUUGGGUUCCGGAUAGUGACGCACCCAGUUGUAUGUUAUGCGAUGUCAAAUUUACUGUACUUAAAAGACGUCAUCAUUGCCGUGCUUGUGGUAAGGUGUUGUGUAACAAAUGUUGCAAUAUGAAAUUUAGAUUAGAAUAUCAGGGAAACAUUGAUUCUCGUGUUUGCGUCUCAUGUUAUGAUUUACUCACAAAAGCAGAGAGCGAACAGGGAAUAAGUGAUUGGUCAACUGAAUAUAACUCGCAUGCCAACUGUAGCGAUGUCAAUUCUUCACAGUGUUGUACCAAUAUCAAUGGGAGACAGCCUAAUCCAAAUAAUCCCAUGGAGUACUGUUCAACUAUACCACCCUUGCAACAGUUAGCCGGCAGCUUACCGCCACCACCAACGGUAAUGGUACCUGUAGGUGUUUUGAAGAGAGAGGGUUCAAAGCAUCGUACAGAAGGACAGAAAUCUGUAAUGUUCAGUGAUGGAAUAAGGCCUGGCUGUGACCUGACAGAGCUAGACACGUGUUGGGAUCCGAAGCCACCGUACCGCAAGCAAGGAAACAAGCGGAUUUUCACAUCAGGAUCCAUAUUGACGGAUACCGCAACGAGGAGGCAAAGUCAUCCUCCUCUAGACAAUACAACCAACAGUUAUAUACCACAUAAUCCGAAUUUAUUGCCCCCGACUGUCACGAUACAUAAAGGCCAAAUUACAUACCAUCUAUCUAUGGAUGAGAGCGUACUCUAUAAGAUGUUGCAAAAUGAAUGUGAACCACCGGUUAUGUUUGCGAUUAAUCGAAAUCUUUAUGCGUAUGUGAAAAUAACUAAUUUAAACUGCUGUGUAAACAAAAUUUGCUGGAAUGUAACAUCGAGAGGUCUCGCCUGCGUUGGUCAAGAUGAAGUUAUAUUAUUAGUCGAAGUUUUACCAGAUGAAACACGGAUUCCAAAGGAUCUUCUCAUAUACAUUAAUCAAUUAUAUCUCGAAGCUAUUAAAGGUAAUACAAUGACGGAACUUGGAUUCUCAAUAUUUCAAGGUAGUAAUCUGUUGGGUUCGCGCGAGCACACAGGAUUUCUUUUUAUUCGUCAAACAUUACAAUGUUUACAAAAAAUUAUUUUACCACCUGCACCUUUUCUAAUUGGACUCUUAAUUCACAGGUGGGAAACUCCUUGGGCCAGAGUAUUUCCGCUAAGACUUCUUUUACGUCUCGGUGCAGAAUAUCGUUAUUAUCCCUGCCCACUGGUGUCCGUCCGUUUCCGGGACGCAUUGUACUUUGAGAUCGGUCAUACUGUCAUGAAAGUGUUGGCUGAUUUCCGAAACUUUGGAUACACUUUACCAGGAGUGAAGGGCUUAACAAUUCAUCUGAAAAACCGUACCACAGAUGUCAUGUUCCCUAGGAAUCGAUAUGAUCAAGUUAUAAAAGGACUUCAUAAUUCAAACGAUCACGUGUUAGCCUAUGCUUCAAAUUUUAGUAUAGCCGCGGAUUCGCAUUUAGUUUGCAUACAAACGAAUACCGGCGAUGAAAGUAAUUAUCAAACGCAAGCGAUAAACAUUCACAACAAGCCGAGAACAGUGACCGGUGCUAGUUUUAUCGUCAUCAAUGGCGCUUUAAAAUCAUCAAUGGGACUCUCUGCCAAAUCUAGUAUUGUAGAGGAUGGAUUAAUGGUAGAAAUAAUGCCGGAAAAAAUGGAAGCUUUGAAAGCUGCACUUAAAAAUAUGCAAGAUUUUUCAAUCGGUUGUGGACACCAGGGAGCAUCGGAACCAGACGAGACUGUAAAUAUAAAAUGGGUCGACAACGAUGUGCAAUUCAACUUGGGAGUCAAAAGUCCUAUUGAUGGACAAUUAAUGGAUGGCAUACCGUCUAUUAGAGUACAUAACGGUACCGAUUACAAAGGAGCAACGCGAUUUAUACGCUGGACGGAAGUAUUCAUUAUAAAAGUAUAUAUUAAUUACAUAGAAAUAUUAUUAGAUAUUGUUGGUGUGAAUGAUCCCGUGGACAUAAAUAAACUAUCUGGAAAUAUAGCUAAAGCGACGUGUUUAGCAUUGGUCAAGCUGCUAGAUCUUCUGGCGACGGCAGGUUUAACAAAACUUGGUGUACGGGCGACAAUUCAUCUGGACAAUGUUGGUUACGAAGCUGGAAGCGAGGGGACAAAAUUGCCACCUAUUUAUAUGAAAAGCUUAGACAAUGAAUUAAUUCAAGUUUUACACAAAGCUGCACAAAGCAGUCAGGAUGCCCAUACAGUACUCGAAUUGAUAUUUUAUAUACUCGAGGAUUGAAGAGGUCAUAA